AUGAGAUAUCCAACGCUGGUACGAGCUCUCCUCCUCGAGCUGUUCCUAUAUAAUGUCUUGGCUGCGAGCAUUCGGAGCAUAUUUCUCUUCAAAGACGUCCUGAAGUCAAACACCACUGCUUUGGAGACCUCUGGGUUCGACACGCUCAUUAUUUUUGGUGUCGGCAUUCUUGACAAUGGCGAUAUCAUGUACUACUCGAACACGGCAGGGAGUUCGGAUGUGCUUGUCGCAUCUGACGGUGCCUACGUCGGUGGCAGCGCGCUGUCAGAUAAGGUCCGCUCAUUUAAGACGGCCAGCGGAUCUGGCGUGAACCGGCUCGAGAUCUGCAUGAACUCUGCGCAUGUGAGCGAGCUGAUGGCUAGUCCUGGCCCCGGCUCCGACACGCGGCUGUACCGCAACUUUGUGGCGCUCAAGACGGCGUGGACGCUUGACGCUGUCAGCAACGACGACGAAUCCAUCUACGACGUUGCUAGUACUGUGAAGUUUGCGCAGAUGCUUGGGAAUAUUGGGUACAAGUACACGAUUGUGCCGUAUACGAACACGAGCUUCUGGAAAUCUCUCAAGACGCAACUCAAGGAUCUUCUCGACAGGGCAUAUCUCCAAUGCUAUGAUGGCGGGGCAGGUAAUAACCCGGGAAGCUGGCAGAGCACGUUGGGAAUGAAAGUUGUCCCGAUCAUUUGGGUGACAAAUGACUCAAAGCCAUCACAGGGUACCACAGCUGCGCAGGCAAAGACUAAGUUUACCAGUUGGAACCAGCAGAGUGCUGUUGCAGGAGGAGGGUACUGGAACGAGUAUGAUAUUGAGAAAAUGGGGUUAUCGUAUAAAGAGUAUGGUGGAGUCUUGACGACCGUCUUCCCAUGA